UGUGACGUAACUAGAAUACGUGUUCUGGGUUGUGUUGCAGGAAGCUGGAGCUGGUGGGAAGUGGGGAGCGAUCUAGAACAAAAUGCUGCCAACCACCUUAGUCAACAAGAACCAAGUUAAUGGCAGUUUGAGUUCUCGAGAUGCAGCAAGACAUACCGCAGGGGCUAAGCGCUAUAAGUAUCUCAGAAGGCUCUUUCGCUUCAAGCAGAUGGACUUUGAAUUUGCUGUUUGGCAGAUGCUCUAUCUUUUUACUUCACCACAGAAAGUUUACAGAAAUUUUCAUUACAGAAAACAAACUAAAGACCAAUGGGCAAGAGACGAUCCAGCUUUUUUGGUGCUUUUGAGCAUCUGGCUGUGCGUAUCCACUUUAGGGUUUGGUUUUGUCCUAGGCAUGGGCUUCUUUCAGACGUUGAAGCUGCUGCUCUGGGUUGUGUUCAUAGACUGUAUAGGUGUUGGACUGCUUAUCUCUACUCUGAUGUGGUUUGUUUCAAAUAAAUACAUGGCCAAGCGGCAGGGUAAAGAUUAUGAUGUGGAAUGGGGUUAUGCAUUUGACGUUCAUCUUAAUGCUUUUUAUCCUCUUCUGGUCAUCUUGCAUUUCAUCCAGUUAUUUUUCAUCAACCAUGUCAUUUUGACAAAUUGGUUUCUUGGCUACUUUGUUGGAAACACAUUCUGGCUAAUAGCAAUUGGAUAUUACGUCUAUAUUACUUUCCUCGGAUACAGCGCUUUGCCGUUUUUGAAAAACACAGUGAUACUGCUUUACCCAUUUGCCGCUUUAAUUCUCCUAUAUGUGUUGUCAUUGGCCCUGGGAUGGAACUUCACAGAGAUGCUGGCUUCGUUUUAUAAAUUCAGAGUCCUCAGGUCUCCAGUUCCUCCUUGGAGUCUGCAGAGUGUUCCUGGAUCUCUGCAGCCUAUAUCUAGAAGGGGACUUGCAUUCAAUCUUGGACGAUCACAUGAAGAGGACCUCCUUGUUGCCGAAGACUGCCCCCCGCCGGAAGACUGCUCUGCACCUCCGGGAAGAAGAUAGAAUGUGACCCUGCGAUAGAGGAAGAUGGAUCCGCCUGGAUGAAGACUUUGCUCCGUCUGGGCUGGGUGGCGUGCAGUAACCAAAGGAAAUUUUGAACCCUGGUAUAUAUAUAUAUAUAUAUAUAUGCGUGUGUGUACUUACAUAUAUAGUGAGCACAGAUUUUUACUAACCAAUUAGAAUGUGAGGGAGUGUAUAAGUGCUCCACAGGAAAAGGAACAAGUGUGUCUAUGAAUAAGGCCUUUUGGGGCCAAAACGCGUCAGCCUAUACUGUUUUGGAAUAAAGUUUGAAGAUUUUACCAGUA